UUUAUUUUAAUGAUACAGAAAGAAAAACAAUUACGAAUAGCAAGUCAUACAAUAAAUGCACAAACAAAGAACAGUAAUAAUAUUUUUGCAACAAGUUUGAACAUCCGACACUUUUUUAAUUUACAAAACUUUGAAAGAUCUCAAUAAUGGAAAACGCACCAUUGAAUAAAGCUCAUUAUCAUGGCCGUCAGGCAGACAGCCAUUUGCGGCAUUUACGUUUCGAUGAAGCCAUUGAGAGCCAUCAAAAAGCCAUCAUUGCAUUGGAAGACACUCUGAAAGUCGCAUCAAAUCAAAAAGUUGUAGAAUCACUCAUAAAGCAACGCGAUCAGCAGCAAAAAGGUAUUGACUUGGUGAUUUUAAAAAAAUCACAGUUCGAAAAAUAUAAGGAAGCAGUAAGAGAGGAGCGAAUGAAAAAUCGUCCAGUCUCUUUGGAACAAAAAGUCGAUGCAAUACGGUUCGAAAGCAUUUGUGAUACACAAAUGUCUAUUUUUAAGACUUUGAAGGAACAAGAUUCAUUGCUUGAAUUAUUGAAUAUCAAAUGCAAUAGUUCAUCGAAUGAUGAGGGUGAAGUAGCAUUGGAGAGACCAAAAUUGUCAACCGAAAAUGCAAAAGAGACAAAGCCACAAAAUCCAAUUAUUGGAGACAUAAUAAGCACUAACCACCAGUUGCAUAUUCUCGUAUUCAAUCUCGUGUCACAAGUUGAUGAAUCGUCUAAUGAAUUAGAAAACUUACGUAAGCGUGUCAAGAAAUUGGAACAAGAAGGAAAAACAUCACAAGGAAGUAACAAAUCAUCAUCUGAUUCGAAAAGCAAAUCUGACGAAUCGCCAACUUCAUCCGUCAAGGAGAACCGACGAGAUUUCACCAUCGAUGAAGAAAGGGAUAAUGAUCUGCCUGAAUCAAGUGAACUACCACCAUUGGAUCUUCCUGUAUUUGAUUAUAACUUCUUGAACAACACAUAAAUACAAUACGAGAAAUUAUAAUUAUUAGAAUCUUCUGAAAAUUGGAUCUUAUUAUAAAUGAUGUGAUUUUUUUUACAUCUGAAAAAAGGCCAAAGUUAAGCCACUUUUUCAUUUCAAUCGAAUUAAAUCUCUAGAAUAAACACAAGCAAACAAAACAAAAUUAUCUUUAUAUAAAAACAA